AUGCCGAGACUUCAGAGAAGUAAGAAGAACAUCAGAAGACGGAACAGAAUUGUUGCAGGAUCUUCAAACCGAGUAAAAUUAUCAACAUUAUUUCGACAAUCAAACAUCAUUGGAUAUCUGCAGCUUACUCGUCUUAUCUUAACUUCCCUACCGAUCACAGGCAUCACAUCUUUGACUUCACUAUUUGAUGUAAUAUUUUCACUUGUCGCCAAGAAAUUAGGCGCUGUCAAUUACAAUGUAGGAGCUUACGCUAUGUUUACUGUUACUCCAGCAGCAUUACUACUAAAUUCACCACUUCUGGCAAAAGACACCAAUGGAGGAUACUCAUUUCCCGGUCAUCCAGUCAGCGUAAAAUGGAUAAAGUCUGAAACAAUCAAUACCACACAAAGGUCUGAGAUAUCUGGUCGAUAG